AGCGCAAUAUUUAAUUCAUUGAUAAUUUUGCAUCCGACCCGACCGAUACACGUUGCACCGUUCGUUGUUUGUUUGCGUGUGUGUGUGUGAGUGUUUUUUUUUCUCCGAAGGAUACUGAAUUCCGUGUUGUGGGGAAAUUCGUGAUUCCGAGAAGGGUGUUUCGGGGGUGGUUUUUUCUUACCGAAGGCACUGAAAUCAUUUAAUUGGUGUAAUCUAACAAAUUGGAAUUGUGCCGAAGAAGGAAAUUGACACAAAACUCAAACGCCCAACAGUGAAAGUGAUUGUGAUUGUUGGCGGUGCCAUUUGUUUGUCUGGGCGUAGAGCUCAAUUAGUUUUGGGGGGUAGGAACCCCUAACGCGGGUUGAUUGAAAUCACGGUCCAUGGUUCGAUACGCAAUCUAGCGAUGUGUGAAGCGUGAUAAUAUUCCCAUCGAUAUAACAACACCUUUGCCUUGUGGAGUGUCUUAAGCCACAAUUACGGUUGCAUUUUACCAAAGCCCGAGUGAUGCGUGUGUGCGAGUGCAUGUGAAGUAAAGUUGUGCCCGUGUGUGUGUGUGUGUUGAUCGAAUCUCUAGUAGUGUCCUUUGCAUCCCGGUAGCAGCAUCCAUUCAUCAGAAUUGCACCACCUGACUCAUCCAACUCUCUCGUUGCGGUUUAUUUAUGGACUUGUUGGCGGUCCACUACUGUACCGCCGGCGAGUGUGAUCCAAUCUACCGCGGACGGUCGCGGUUAAUUGAAAUCUAGCGUCAAUAUUUCAACGCCCAACCAUCAUGGAACCGUCCACCUUCGACGACCAGAUAUUCGGUGACUUUACCAGCGACACGCUCGGUACGCUUGCGGGCGCCACCAAACCGAUCCAUGCCGGUCCUUCGACGAGUACGGUGGUUACGGCGUCCGGCCACGGUAAUCUUCAGGUGAUGAUGGGCAUCGGUCACUCGCCGACGCACGACGGCGGUGGUAAUGGUGGUGGUACCGGCACCCAUCAACGGCUGCCCGAGGUGAAUAGCAUCCUGGCCGUGUCGGGAUCGCCGAGCUACAAAACCAUCGACUACACCAACCUCAGCAAGGUGGAAUAUCACCAUCUGGCGAACGGCAAGCUGGACGGUUCGUCCUACUCACCCCCGAACGGGACACCAUCACAUCACCCACAGCAGCAACAGCAGCAGCAGCCAAGCUCGGGACUGGGCAUACACCCAACAAUACCCGGUGGCAACAAGUCGCUCGAAUACGUCAACUGUAAGCUGGAAUAUUACACCGCCCUGCCCAUCGGCCACGAUAAUCUGAAUAAAAUAGAGUUCGUUAAAACCCUAGAUUACAACGGUAACGGCCGGUUGGACUAUUCCACCUCGUCCUCCUCGUCACCGAACGGCCCGAAAUCCAUCGACUACGGAGCUGGCAAUGGUGGAAAGCUCGACUACGAGACGACGAUCGCCAUGUUUCAACAUCCCGGACCACCGCAAGGACCGUCCGGUUCGGGCAUGGUAGACACAUCGAUGCUAAACACUGGCCAGACAAAUGGUGUGCCCGUCGGCAGCAUAACGGCAGGUGUCGGGCCGGGCAAGCCGAGAAAAACGGACGACAUGAAUGGUGCAUCCGGAUCGUCAACGCCGACCACCACCACACCACUGGAUGGUGCCGGAAAUGGGAAGAAAAAUGAUAAAAAGAAAACGGAUCCGAAUGGAAUAAAGAAGAAAAAAACGAGGACGACCUUCACCGCGUAUCAGCUUGAGGAGCUGGAGCAUGCCUUCGAACGGGCACCCUAUCCGGAUGUGUUCGCACGUGAGGAGCUGGCCUUGAAGCUGAACCUUAGCGAGUCCCGCGUACAAGUCUGGUUUCAGAACCGGCGAGCGAAAUGGCGCAAACGGGAACCACCGCGGAAGUCGGCCUACCUCGGCAACAACAGCCCGUCGGCCCCGAUGAACGGUCCGAUCGGUACGUCGUUCAGCCAGUUCCCGCAAACCGCAACCGUAACGCCACCGGGCAGUGUCGACAGCUGGUCCACCUAUCAGGCACCGUAUGAGCUGGGUCCGCACAUCAAUCUGCUGUCACCGGCCGUCAGCCCGUACGGGUCGUUCAGCACCCAAUACGGUACUUACAUGCCCGAGAGUCACAUGUUCCCGGUACGGCAGCACUACGACUACGGCAGCCCAUCGAGACCGGGCGAACCGGGCGGUGAUGAGUCCGGGCAUCAGCAUCAGCACCACAGCCACCAUCAUCACCAUCAUGCGCAUCACAACCAUCACAAGCCCGACCAUUACGCACCGACGAUGGAUGAAAAGUUUGAGACGCACUGUACGGCCGGGUUGCCCGAUGGUCUCACGAAUGGAAAGUACGUUGACGACACGAAGUACAUCCACGGUGUCGACGUGCAUCACUAUCCGGAUGCGGAUCCGAAGUACGGUAGCUGCCACCAGCUGGACGAUCCGUCCAUGAAAGCACACUACGGUCCACCGCAACCGUCGCAGCAAGUCCAACCGCCACCAUCUUCGCAGCAGCAGCAGCAGCAGCAGCAACAACAAUCCCAGCCAGGUCAGUGUCAACCGGUCGGUGUGGACGAUCCCGACGCGCUCGGCAUGGUAAAGACCGAAGAGAAUGUCACACACAGCUACGUACUUCCCUCUUUUUUGCCCUGAUCGAGAGCAUCAGAAAGGGUUCGCAAUCGUCGUCGUUACCUUCCACGUCACAGCCCUAUCCGGCGAGGCAAACGUCGUUUCGCACCCGAUACGAACAGUUUCGGGGGCCUCAUUUUGGAUAGUUGGCCGGAGGUUGAUUGUGACUUCCAGUUUUGAUGGUAGUCACAAUCGAUCUAUUUUCACCCAUCCUUCAUUUCUAUCCCCAAAAAUCCCAAACCCCAACCAGUCGAUCAUCCUGAUUACUACUUCAUCAUCGAACGAUAUUUUGAUUUGAAAUCAGUUCUUCACCGAUUUGCUAUUGGAACUUCCGGACAAACAAGCUUAAAGAUGUGAUUUUUUUGUGGUUCUACAUUUUAAAACAUUGAUGUCCAACACACCGUAACCACAGCAAUCUAAUUCAUUAUUCAGCAUUUGAGUGCUUAGUCCUGAGAUUGGAGCGAUGAUGUCGCGUGCGUUAGCUGGAAAUCUUCGCUGUUCCACCUGCGUGCAAAGUGAAGCAAUCGUAGAACACCGAACAAAAAAAAUACACACCAAACACUUAAAAUACUUUUAUAAAGUCCUACCCGAUGCUACCGAUAAACCCUUCAGUCGACAGAAGUUGAAUGUUAAACAAUUUCAAGUGCUACACAAACUUUUCCCAUUUACUCCGGCUACUCUAAAAGAAGCUUGGUUGACUUUGUAUUCAAAUGUGUUGACAUUACGUUACCGAAACGAAGCUUUUUUUUUCUUCUUAUAAAAAUGAGAAAAAGAAGGAAUAACUUUCCCAGCAUAAGUACACAUACUCCCGCUGCCCACAACCAACCGUCUUGUUGGCAUCGUGGGCAAGAGCUGACUUCCAUUAGGCAGUGUAAGCAAACAGUAACAGUACCUAACCAGGAUGGUAUAGCUUGCCGUAGAAGGAAAGUGUAACGAAACAUCCUGUUUGGCACUUGAAUGUCCGAAGGGUUAAGUUGAACGCCAUCGCCUCAUUGAAAGAACCAGUUCCAGGGUAGUCGUUUGCAAACUGUUGCGUUCUUGGCUUGGUCACUGUUUGGUUUAAAUUUUAAAGCUCAAUCUCCGCUAUGGUACAUUGGCAAUUCUUCGUAGUCACAUUCGGGGGGGUCCGGCUAUUUUUUUUGGAGCAAAUCAAAUCAAAACGCUAGAACGAUUCGCACCCAACUCAAGCACUCACUAAACCGAACACUUUAAAAGGCCAAGAUUUCGAGUUGGCCAAACAACGGCCUUGUGGCUUCAUCGACAAUCGGGAAGCAUUCGGGUGCCCAAAAACAGUGCCCCCAAGUGGACGAUGGGAAUAAAACCCCGUUCUUUAUAUAACGCCCAACAAGUGUUUGUUGGCCGCGUAGUGGCCGUAUCAAGAGGGUGUGAAGCCAAGCUCUAAAGUGUAGGCUUCUCGUACCAUUUUUUUUAGUUUUUUUUUUUGCUCGGUACUUUGUUUUGUUUUUCUGUAAGGUUUCGCUCCACCGGACUAAUAAAUAAACCAAUGUGAACCAAACGUUCCCAUGGUAGGCCGGCCGUACGAUGUACUCGGCCCGUUCUGAUUUAUCGACACCACCCGGUGCGUGGUUCUGACUUUUCCGACCAAACUUUGGCCAACGGAUCCUCGGGGUAGCUACCUUUUUUUAGAUUUUCUCUUCCUGUCCCACACAAACACACACACACACACACACACACACACACACAUGGCUGAAUUUGAUCGAAUGCUGAGGAUCGAUAAUUUCGGUAACGGUCCAUGACCACAUAAAAUCGACCACAUCGUUCCUGGCGAACAAAAUGGGGCCACCGUACACAGUUGCUGUUCUUGAUAAGGGUGAUGAGCAGCUAUCCUACAAGGGAAGGGAAGAGAAAGAAAUCUUUUCUCUACUCCCACACACACACACACACGCAAAAAAAACGAUGAAGCAACAAAUAAAAAUAGAAACAAAUUAAAUUCGGUUAAAAAGUGCGAACUCUUAACGGCGGACGGGUACAAAGCGUCUUUCCACAGUACAGCAGAAGCUCAAACGAAAACCAAAAAACAAAAAAUGAAACAAGACCGAACUUUUUCCCGCUUUUCAUAUCUGCCUGAGAGUGAAUAAAUCGAACCAAUCGGCACAAUUCGUGCAGAUCGAUGGGCUUAGUAUGGGUUUUUUUUUUUGCAAACGGGGGAAAAGGCCACUGGAUGAAAAAAAGGGAAACCAAGAGAUUUUAGGGCAAAGUUUACCUUCAGCUGCGAUGGUUCGCUGUCUCGAGCCUGACUCCGCAAAACGACCCCGUCCCCGUUCAUGGUACGUGUUUGGGUUCGCUUCCCCCCAUUCCCAUUUACUUGGCGUAGGGCUUUCCCUGUGUGUGUUUUUUGUGCCAAGUUUUCAUUUGCCCUUUGCCGAUUGUUUGGUUGCGUUCGAGCGAUUCACGUUCAUGCAUUCAAUCUUGCCCAAAUCAAUCAAGCAUUCGAAACAGUACCGUUUUCGAGGUUCCGGGUGAGUUUUUCACCUGUGUCUGUAUGUGUGUAUGUGCGAUGUCUUUUUUUGCCAUCUCUCCAUUCUGGACAUUCUAUUCAUUGGUCCUGGGAUCAUCCCGUACGUGUCCGUGUCGUGCCAUUGAAGCGCAUUUUACCGUAACACCGUGCCUGUAGCGGAGGCUUUUCCUUUUAUCCCUUCUUUCGGCUUUCGGCUAGUGAAGGUCUCAGCUCAGAGACCUUAUCACACAACGAGUUCCUAUCCCUUUUUUUUGUUUUUUUGGCUUGUUUGCCAACCUGUGCCAGCAUCUAAGCAUGGAUCGGAAAAAACGCCAACAUAUUUGCUUAUUCUGGAUGGUUUUUCGCACGAAUGAAGGUAUCCCUUUUUCGUUUUGGGGGGGUCGAAAACACUGAUCCAAACCAUCCAGAACUGACAUGUAUUCAUCGAUCGGUAUGUUUAUUUUAAAAACAUCAAAACGAUCUGUCCAUCUCCAAGGGGGGUUUCUUUUUUUCCCCUAAAGGUUAAAAUAUAUAAAUUCCCAAAAAUUUGCUAUCUAACAUUGUCCAUUAGGAGAAUGUAAAUUUCUAUUUUGUUUGGAUUUAUUUUAGCUCCCUUACCUAUUCACAUCUUUAAUGAAUGAUGCACUCUGGAAAGUAAAUUAAACUUUUGCGCAUACCAUUUACACAACGGUGGAAGUUUUGUUGGAAGCUUAUUCCAUUAGCGUAAAAACGGAAAGCUUGCUUCCGGGAACAACAGACCCGCGUGUUGCCGUUCUAUCAAAGUCAAUUAAUGCUUCUGUUGCACAGCUCACCUUUGAUGGGGUGCCUGUGCAUCGGUAAUUUACAUUUCAUUUGCCCAUCUACAUGUUCUGGUGACCAUUGGAUGGGGAAGAACUGAAAUAACAAUAACAACAAAAAUUUAACUUUGGAGUCUUUGAAGCUGCCGUGCUACGAGAUUUCCUCAUCCAAUAUUAGCAUGGAGUAGAGGGGUUUUUAGCUGAAAUUUAUUUUUCCAAGUUGAACUAGAAUUUGUGCAACUUGAACUAGAACAUGUAGAUCUGAAAUCUAGCUGGACGUUCAUUCUCGACUUUGUAAACUUGUCACAUGUGAAUGCUUUGUUCAGAAUUGAUUAAAGCUACAAAAAAGUUCAAGAAAAUGAAAAAAAUGGAAAGAUGGAAAAAUUCCCCUUCUACUUGAAACGUAUCCAGAAAUCUUCUCAACUUUCUCAACACAAAAUUUAAAUUAGAAACCCCUGUAAGGCGGCCUGGUAUUGGAAUAACCUACUAAGCAACAGUAAUUCCCAUUUUACAUACAAGUCACCCUCCUCGGGCAAAGAUAAAUGUUUUCUAUUGCCUCAAUGUAUAAACAUUUUCGUUUUGUCGAUUCUUAAGUAAACAGUUUUUAAGACAAAGUUUCCUCUACCAGGAAAUGGCAACAAAACAAACUGGUGGCCUCUUCACUGCGAACGCAACAGUUGUAAAUGCAAGCUUCUAAUGGACAAGUGGGACUUUAGCAAAAGCUUUCAUUUGUCCUGGUUCGUUUCCCCCGAGGCAGUUCCUGUUUGUGGAAGUGACGAGUGGCACGGUAGGAAGGAAUUUUAGGCGUUUUGUUUUUUGCACUUCCUCGUAAAACAGUUCCAUCGUGUAGGUUUGUAAUUCUUUUUAUUUACUAGAACACAAUAAACUCCAUUUGGAAACUUUUUGUAACCGUACCGUGACCAAUCCGAAACGGGGCGCCGUACGGUCAGUUCCGGACCAAAUAGCCAACAAUGACAAAUAGAACAACAUCAAAGCGUACCGAUUGUUUGCCACUAAAACCUUGUCCCUCACUUGAAUUACUGCUAUACUCCCAUCCUCUUUAUAGCUCUUCCCUUUCAUUCCUUCAUUUCCCUGUUUUUUCUAGUGAAGGUUUUGCGAACCCUUAUUGUUUGCUCUCAGUAUCAUUAAAACACAGAUAAAAUGCACAGAUAGCGAAACACUAAAGCACUAUAGCAAAAUAUUCUAAACGAGCGAGAGAGAGAGAGAGAGAGAGAGAGAGAGAGAGAAAUAGCAACAUCAACAAAAAAUACCUUCGUUCGCGAAUAACCGUGAUCCGUUGUGUGCUGCGUGUAAUAUAAGCCAUAUUUAUUUACUAUCCGAUUCACCCAUAUGUAAUGUGUUAUAGGAUGAGGAUAUUUAUUGAUCCGCUAGGAAAUGGAAAAUGUGCUACGAUCUCUCGUUGCUGCUCACCGGCGGUGAAGGAAAAGAUGUGGUAUGUGAAAUGAAAAAUGCAGGAAAAAAUCUCCGGGGAGAAAUGAGCACCGAAGUGAGCGAAAGUGUAUUUUGUUGAAUCGAGGAACCUAAAAACAGAACAGAAAACCAAUCCAAAUUCAACGCUCGAAAUCGAUUACUUCGUAGCAUUUGAUAUCGUAUCCGUUUCCAACGUAGCGGUGCGAUGCUCACAGUGCGCAAACGAUCGCAAAAAUGAUGAUAUGUACAAAAGAAGCUUCUGGAUUCCAAGUGCCAUAUUAUGUAGGUAUGUAAACAACAUAGAGAGAUAGAGAGAGAGAGAGAGAGAGAGAGAGAGAUAGAGGAAGAGAAAAGUGCAACGAAACAGUGUGUAUCCUUAAUCCUUAAGUUCCUAUUAAGUUGCGUUAGCUACAUUUACCGUUUACGGUAGCGUUAGUUUGAAGUUGAUUAUUGAUUACUAUUAAGCAACAAACAUCACAACGCUCUUCCAGGGUUUCUCUAAAGUUAGGGCUAAGGUGGUAAGGGUUAGGACGUAGUAAAACAGUAAACCCGAUUACAGCAAAAUGGCAAGCAUCUUCUGUGCCACGGAGCAAACACUCAGAAAAGCUACGGGUUGAAGAACCAACUCGUCGUAAAAUGGCUCCUGGUGGUUGUUUGGGGUGAGUGGAGUUGAUUUUAGCUCGAUGUUCCCUUUCCAGCACAUUUUCCGAAAAAGUUAGUGUUCAGCUCGUUAUGGAGAUCAGUUCGUUAAUCUUUACAUGCCAUUUGUGCGGUUUGAUCGGUAUAGUUUGAUUGAAAAGUUUUGGUUUUCUCGGAAUGCUAUUGCCACUCAUCUAACAACCGCAACCCCCCCAAAACAAAAAAAAAACAAAAGUGUCCCAAUGCGUGAUGUAAUUUAAAUUUAAAUGGGUAUCUUUUUCUAUGUGUUGGAGCAUUAGAAUGAUGUCGAAAACGACGACUACAAAUGACAACCCAUUAUCAAAAACAAACUAAAGUACAAACGUACACACGAGCGAAGUGCCUUGCAAUGCAAUGUAAAUUGAAUUUUUGCCAGCACAUUUGCUAGUUUAGCUAAGGUUUCCGUGGUAAGAUCUGUCUGGCAACAUCUCGGUGGUGCGGUAGAAAUAAAAGCUUCCCAAAAACUACAUUUUCCCUCACACGUACAGCUCAUUGAUGCAGCUUCUCACACGAGCUAAUCAUUUGCAUUCGGUUCCAUGGAAUGGUCCAUUGCCAAUGGGAUAUAUUUUCGCUUUUUUACCCAACCACCAUCAAACGUUACUAUUUUCAGUACACUGUUGUUGAACUAUCGCAUUUCAGUUCCUUUCAGUACAUUCACGUCUCCCCUUAUAAACACCACCAACAACCAAACCUCCAACCAAGAGAUCAGUGAAAUGUUAUUUAAAUCUAGUUUGUAUGUAAAUAAAUGCCACAACACGUGUCGCUGCUUUUGCCUACGCCCAGGCGCUCCCAACCUGUUCGUCGUCCCAACCUCCGAACACCAAAUCCUUCCAGACAGAGGGGAAACGAAAACUGGUUGUGGACGAUGAACAAAACAGAUUUCAUGCUCGACAUGCUAGCAAACAUCCAAUUUCACCACAAUUAUCGCUUUUCGUCGACGUACGACGAUCGUUAUCAUCGGUUUAAUAAGGCAAAAAUUGUGGCAGCUUUUAGGGCUUGGUCUUUUAAAUGUCGCUUUUGAGCAAAAAAAAUCAAAACCCAUCAUCCACUUAGGUUGUCAAAUGUUUGUUGACAGUUUAUAAUUGUAUUAUUUCAGCAAAACAGCCAAAAGUUGGUGCGAUUGUAAAUAUUUAAAGUUAAGCUGAAAUGGAAAUUUCUCGUACACAGCAUUGCCUUAUUAUUAUUCAAAAUUACAUUACAUGUGCAAAGAGAAUGUUACAAAGAAAAUUCAAGUUAAAACAUAGGAUAGUGAAUUAUGUGAAAUAUAUUAUCAAUAAAUGUGUACGCUAUUAAGAAUAAUUUUAAGUACGAAAAGAAAUAAAAAUUUAAAAGAACAUCCGUCAA